ACUCCACUCGAUUCGACUCAGCUCUCCUGCUUCUCGGCCAACGUUUGUGCCAGUCUCGCAGAAACGCUCAAAGCGUUCGGACACCAAAGCUUAAAGCAGUAGCCACCAAAAGCAAAAGAAAUACAAAUAAACGGAAAGAAAGAAAGAUAAAUACAGACAGGCGACUUGGAGUAACUUUCGUGCCUCGUGGUGGUAGAAAACCUGAGCUAUAGCCGUGUCUGUGGCUGGAGAAAGGCCUGGCCUGGCGUGAUCUGAGCUGAACUGAGCUCAUAGGCCGUUUUUGCAUAUAUUUCGCUUAAUUUCACUGGGCCUCAAACGCGUUGACAUUGAUUCUGGGCCAUUGUGCAGCCUCAUCUGCAGUUCAGGGCUAUCGGGCUGAUUAUCAAUGCGAUACGAUAUACGAUGUAAGGAAAACAGGCGAGAUUCAAGUUUAAACUUAAACCAGUUGAAGGGCACACAAAAAAAAACCAGCUUUGAUAGAAGACUGGAGAGUGGAGUGCACAGAGCGGAGAGAAACUCAAACAGAGCAAGCGUGCACGUGCAUGCGGCCACAAAGAAAGAAAGAGAGAGAGAGAGCAGUGUGGAACCGAAAAUUAGGACAAGAACGAAGCAGUGCCCUCAGCUGAUGUUUGCAGUGCUGCUGAAACUGUCCGAGUGUAUUAAAACUGUGUGGCGCAUGCGGCGGAAGUGUCAAAAGUGUCUGUCCAAUGAGAUUGCGCAACUUCAACACCAAAUAAAAGACAUAAAUGCGCUAACUAACCCACUAUAAACAGAAAAUGUGUAAGAAAUCUAUGUUCGAAAUUGGCAGACUUACGAGCUGUGUGAAAUUAAUAAUAAUAACAUAAAGGCAACCGCAACAAAGCCGUCGCUUUGUUCGUGACAAGCAAUAAAAUAAACAAAAUUAUCAACGAAAAUCGUAGCGCAAGGCAGACCAAAUUGAAAAAAUGUCCAAGUUGUUUAAUAUAAAUUCACUUUCGUUGCUGCACUGCCUAACGGCAUUGCUCUGUGCGGCAGCAUUGUUACCGCAAAACCAACAACAGCGACAACUAGUGCAGCUGCAGUCACAACAGCAGCCGCAGCAAUUGUCAACGACGCCAACGGUGGCAGGCGGCAAUCCAGCAUCAGCUGAAGUGUCUAUGCCUGUGCUUGUGAAUGCAACCGAUGCGCCAGCUGGCGACUCCUUCGAACAACAGCAACAUCAGCAGCCACAACAACAAGCAACAUUGCAGUAUGCACACAUAACGGCAUUAGAUAAAGAAGUAGUGGAACGCCUGAUCAAACAAUGGGCACCGAUUGUGUGGCUGGCCCCGGAGGAGAAAUUCAUGCCGCUGGGCGUUGAGGAGUUCCUGCAGCACGUCCAUCCCAUGGACAAGGACAGCAGCUUUCGGCCCGGGGUCCCCUUCAGUGAGUAUUCGACAAAGUCGCAUCUGGUGACGAACACGGAGAUGCAGGAUCUGCUGGGGAAUGAACAGUCGUUUAUCUAUGGGAGGAAUCCCAAUGAGAAGCCCGUGCCCAUCUAUGGCGUGGUUACCAUGUGUCCGGGUAGGCGGGAGCCCAUAAAGUCUUCCAUUCCCAGUCCUCCAUUGGCCAGCACACGAGGCCCCUACAUUCCUGUCUCCAUUGAUCCCCUCGAGGAACGCAAUGAGACUGUGAGGCGAUCCUCGCGCUUGUUUCCCCUCUUCCAGCGGGUGAAGCGAGAUGCGCAACACGACCUCAAUGAGUACGAGGAGCUGGUGAGGGUAGAACCACCUCAAACCAACUCCCAGCAGAAGCCAGAGAUGCAGCUGGAUUCUGAUGAGGAUAACAGCAUUCCAGUGAACAACUUUAUAGCCAAUCUGGCGGAUAAUGUCAAGUUCAGUGGCGGAGCCGGGCCGGAGGAUAACCUGGAGGAGAAUAAUAGCAUCGGAGAGUCACCCGAGCAGGAGGUGAAUGCGGGAGAGGGCAAACUGCCAGGCUUCCACGUUACCUACUGGAUGUUCUAUCCCUACAGCCAGGGCAAGACCAUGUGCACCGUGAGUCUGGGUCCACUUGGUCGGAUACCCUUUCCGGCUGUCUACGGCUAUUGCCUUGGCCAUCGCAAGGAUAUCGGCAGCCAUGUGGGCGACUGGGAGCACAUGAGCCUCUACUUCAACGGUGAUGCCGAGCCCCAGGCCAUGUAUGUGUCCGCCCACGAUGCGGGCGCCUUCUACACCUACAAUCGGCUGACGGGCUCUUUUGAGUUUCGACGCCAGGAGACGCGUAAGGGCAUCCUGCAGCGUCCAAACUUUCCAAAAACUGUCACCACAUUCAAGAACCAUCCGGUUCUGUUUGCCGCCAAAGGGUCACAUGGCCUCUGGACGGCACCCGGCAAGCAUAGAUUCGUCAAAGUGGCUCGUCUCUAUGAUAUCAAUGGAUUUGGUACGCCCUGGAACACUUGGAAGUCUGUUGACAUUAGCUACGAGAACCUAAGAUCAUAUGGGCGUUCCCUUGUGCCCGAUUGGCUUACGUAUCGUGGGAAAUGGGGUAAUCCCAAGAGCAAGUGUCAUCCCUUUCGACGCAUUGGCCUCAAUUUCUGCGAGUUCACGGACGGACCAACGGGUAUACCCCUCAAGGAACCACACUUUCAAUGCGGUGCAGACUAUCACUGAGGGUCCCUCCCCGUAUUUAUAGGAUUAAUCUACUGUUUAGUGUAUAGUGAAGUAUUUAUUCUGAAAAUCCACCCAAAAAGCGAACCCCUAGAUGAUUAAAUGUGAAGCGAAAUGUAAAGUAA